AUGGCCAAAAGCACGUCCAUCGGCCCCAUUACGUGGUCCGACCAUGCAGAAAUAACGCUAACGCUCAACCUACCAUGCACAGGCAGACCCUGGUCAUGGCGACUAAACCCCAUCCUACUGCACAACCCACAGAUCAGACAAUCAGUCGACCGAGCCAUUACAGAUUACUUUCAACUAAACAAGGACGGGGCAAUCUCGGAAGGGACCUUAUGGGCAGCUCACAAGGCAGUAAUCCGGGGAGUCAUGAUAAACCAAGCAACCAAGCAACAAAAAAAACAGGUAGCCCACCUGGAACAGACACUAACGACUCUCAGGACCCUUGAGGCCAAGCAUAAACUCAACCCAACGCCAGACCUAACCGAACAAAUCAAAAAAUGCCAAACUGAUAUAAAAGAAUUCAUGGCGAAAGACUCGACCAAAGCCUUACUUUGGUCAAAACAAUUCUUCUACGACAAAGCAAACAAAGCCGACACACUACUCGCACGCAGACUCAAUACAAAGAACUGA